CCCAACCCCCGACCAAGCCGGGGGAAUCCCACCGGUGAAACAAUGUAACAUGAGAACCCGGAAUCCCCGGCACUGACACUGCUGCAGAGCUUCACAUUCUCGGCCUGCUAGGACAGCUGAUUCAAUCGUAGUGCAACAAUAAUCACCUGACUCAUCGCCUCCUACACCACACCCACUGUACGUCCUCGAGACAGACCAAAGACCAGAAGACCGGCGCAGAAUCCACGAGCAGAUAAACAAUGUCUACUGAGAAUCAGGAAGCCCAGGAGGACGAGCUUCUGGCUCUUAGCAGUAUAUACCCUGAAGAUGAGUUUAGGAGAGCUGACACUUCUCCGGGAGGGGAAAUCCGAGUGUGUCUGGAACUUCCUCCAAACUUUAAGAUAUCUGUUAAAUCAAACUCUUCAUCAAACACCAUGGCGGAAAGCUUUGAGAACACCGUUUACUUCCUACCACCCAUUGUUCUAAAUUUUGAGAUUCCACCAGGAUAUCCCUCCACUACGUGUCCCAUCUUCACACUCAGCUGCAAGUGGCUUUCACCAGAACAGCUUACGCUUAUGUGCCAACGGUUAGACGAUCUCUGGGAGGAGAACAGAGGAAGUGUCGUUUUGUUUGCUUGGAUGCAGUUUCUGAAGGAAGAGACCCUUGAGUACUUGAAUAUAAAAUCACCCUAUGAAGUUCAGUUUACCAAUAAUGGAACGCACACUUUGAAGCAUCCAGAUGAGGAAGCAAGUCUCCGCAUUGCCGCAGCCACACCUGAAAAGGAAGCGGUUGACAGACGGGCUACACAAGAUGUCCAAUCGGUGUAUGACCUCAUCAGACACAUAUUGGACUUUGAUGAGAGCCAACAAAAGAAAUGCUUUGACAGCAAACCUUUCUUAUGCAAUAUCUGCUUCUCUGAGAAGCUGGGCAGCGAGUGUACGUAUUUCAAGGACUGCAGCCAUGUGUACUGUGAUAUCUGCCUUCGAGACUAUUUUGAAAUUCAAAUCAGAGAUGGCCAGGUCCGUUCACUUAAUUGUCCGGAACCCGAGUGCACCUCAGUCGCUACACCUGCCCAGGUAAAGAAGCUGGUUGGGGAAGAAUUAUUCGGCCGCUAUGAUCGUCUCCUCUUAAAGUCUACUUUGGAGAUGAUGACUGAUGUGGUCUAUUGCCCUCGUCUGAGCUGUCAGACUCCUGUAAUGCAAGAGCCAGGCGGCACGAUGGGCAUUUGCACAAGCUGUCAGUAUGCUUUCUGUACCCUUUGUAUGAUGACCUACCAUGGAGUCUCCAAAUGUAACGACCCAGAAUCAGAAUUCACGGAACCUACUUUGGAAGAUCCUAAUCCAGAAAAUCCGGAUUCAUUGCACAAUGAAGAGGGCGAUGAUGACCAACUUCCAAGCACGGGGAAGGGGAAGGGAGCCCGCCGGAAGAGACAGCAAGAAUGGGAGAGUAAGAAGUGGAUAAAAGAGAACUCCAAGAAUUGUCCUCGCUGUACAUCCAAGAUUCAGAAAUUGUAUGGGUGCAACAAAAUGGCGUGUACUCAGUGUGGAGCGUACUUCUGCUGGAUGUGUGGGGUUUUAUUGGCUCAAUGGAAUCCAUACGACCAUUUUAGAGACACCGACUGCACUCAGAAUUCGUGACCACAUGUAACCCUAUAGUCUUCAAACCGAAACCCGAAGCGGAGCCCCGAAAGAGGAGCUGUGAGCAGAAUGGACGAGUGGAAACAAAUGGGCAGUGUCAGUCUACAGAGGAGAGUUCAGAUUCAGCUGCAGCGGAAGGAAAGAGUCUCCCUGAGAUGGACAUUGGAUCCAUUCCAUCACCUGGCUGUGUGUAUUAUAAUAUUAGAGGACAACAAAGAUUUACAUUGUUGGCUUCCUGAGGCUCGUAAUCCUGACAUGUAGAACCGGCACAGUAGGGAUCGGAUCCCAAUACCACCUCAACCUCAACCAGUCCCGUCCUGUAAUACAUUUUCAUUAGCAGGCCAUGUUUGAGUUUUCAGUGUCAGGACUGACACUUACCUGGUCAUGUAAGACGAUAUCCAAUUCAUUUUAUAUCAGUUAUUUUAGACACUUUUUUCUUUUUUCUGGUGGCAUUUAACCAGAUAUCGCCCGACCGAUAGCAGAAUGACAGCCACAGCGGGGAUCAGUUAUCCUGACUGGCUGUCAUAUGACGUCCAGCGGGAUGAGUCACUCGCAUGCGCCCCCAGGGGUGUGCAGCUUGGUGAUCGGUAGGGUGACCACGUGUCCCGGAUUGCCCGGGACAGUCCCGCAUUUUGCAGGUCUGUCCCAGGUACCAUUAUUUCAGGGCAAUACAGUGUGCCGAAAUAAAACUGACACAGCCACCCCCCCCCCCCGGCCAAUCUGAUGCCCCCAAAAAAGGCCACCACAUCACCACUUUACUU